AUGGUCCGGUCCUACAGCCCGAUGUGUACCCUGGCCUCCUCAAUGUGCCUUAGCGAGGUGGAGGAGUCCUGUGCAGCCGCUCUCCCAUUCCGUACACCCAAAAGGGGCCGAGCAUCCUUAAUGGCCCCCAAUAGUCAUGUUUCCCCAAUAGUGGAAGCAGUCCCACCGCAAACAUUCAUCGGUACCAAUGGUCCGGUCCUACAGCCAGAUGCGGACCCUGGGCUCUUCAAUGAGCCUUACAAGGUGGCUCGGUCCUGUGCAUCCGCUCCCUCAUUCCAUAUUCCCAAUGCAACCCUUAGCAUAUUAAGUACCCUUAGGCCAGAGUAUCUUUAA